GUUCAACUCUCCCACUUCAUGAUCCUCCCUGCUGCAAUUGAUUCCGACGACACUCGCUCCUAGCUAACAUGCUGCCUAAACGAUUCCAUUCCGCUCACCCCCACCGAUGAAUAGUCAGCGAAUCCGCUGGGGCCGCCCUCCGCGCUCCAACUCCAUACCCUAACGAUGACCUCCAACAUCCGCGUAUUCGUACACUUUAAGGAGUCGACCGUUUUCGCCGGAGAAGAUAUCGAAUGCACGAUAACAUUUCAGAAUGUAGCUCCGACUGAUAAUAGUCCAGAGCGGUCGCCUGGUCCGGCUGGUAGGAAACAGAACGGGUUUGCGCCUGGCGGGGAACGACAGCGGAAGCUCCCCACGCUUCAUUCGUCGACGAGGCCAUCUCUAUCCCAUAACUCGUCUUAUGUCUCUCAAAUGCCACCUCCGCACCUUCGCGGCCACAGACCCGCACUAUCUCUUAACGCACCUUCUUCGGCCGGGGGUAGAAAAUCGCCUGUACCGCCAACAGGGUUCGGCGGUUCUGCAGCUGGGCGCCAUGGACAUGGAAGGUCAUUAUCAAUCGUUUCGAUAGGGACAGAUGCUGCCACAGAGGUCAGCCAUGAUCGCAGAUCUUCAAAUAGGAGGCCAGCGCGAGGGCAUGGGAGAUCUGCCAGUCUACAGGUUGUUCCUGGGCGGCCAAACCACUUCCCAGUUAAUUCGCCCGGACAUCGUUCUGCAACACAUCAUUCACCGCUCACCAGCGGAGGGUUCUCUCCACCUAUAAUACAAGAACCAGCUUCAGAUCUUCCACUUCCUAUACGGGCCGGACGCUCACGAACGCCGGGCAUAUCGACAGCUCCGAACACACCCGCACUAUCUGUACAAACAAGAAAGCCAUCCGGAUCGUUCUCACAGAACUUCAAGUUUCCGGCUGCUCCUCCCUCCAACGAUGCGCCGUCAGAGCAACCCAAACCGAGCGAAGGAGUAAACAAUACCCGCGCGAUUGCGCCACAAAUGCGUAGAAGCUCCCCCCGACCCCCAGAUGAUCCAAACAACUCCAGCUUAGAGGCACUCUCUCCCGUUGCCCGGAUAUUGUCAGGCUCGAGCAUGCAUGGUACCCCUAGAAGCAGCGGAGAGUUUUACUCAAUGAGCAACAAUUCGAGUGAAACAUUGGCCUCGGAAUACAUACCGCAUCCGACAGCAAGACUGCUUGGUCGCCCUCCUAUGCACCAACGCCGAAGCUCUCAGCUCGUUCCCCAGGUCCCCCAGAAGCGCCCGGAAACGUUGAUGAUGGGAUAUGCACAGGUAAUGGGGUCUUUUACUCUAGACGGUUCCUUGAUCAACCAGGCCCCAUUCGAAGAGGUCAAGAGAAAGGGAGUUGUUGGAGGCCAAGGAGGUGGUGGAGUCGUUGGAGUUGAACGAACCAAACGUGAAAGCGGUCUGUUCGGGGCCUUAGGAUGGAGUAACAUUGGAGAGUCACUGGGCGGGUUGCUGGGCUCAUCAGAACCCUCAAGCAUUCGGGAGAUGCGGGGAAUCGCAAGUUCAAAGACGGUGCCAUUGAUUAGCACGCCACAGUCAAUCCUGUUUGUGGAUCUUCGGUUGGCACCGGGGGAAAGUCGAAGCUACAAGUACAGCUUCACACUUCCCAGGGGACUGCCCCCCACUCACAAAGGACGUUCAAUGAAGGUGAAUUAUCACCUCACAAUAGGGACCCAACGGCCAGGCUCUUCCAAAGACCAACAGGUGAAGCAUGUUGAUGUACCCUUCCGUGUCUUUGGCAGCGUGAAUAGCCGCGGCGAGAUACUUGGACACGACCUGAUGUCUCCCUAUAUAAUCCUUCGAGACCAAGCCCGGACUUCGAGUCUCGAAAAUGAGAAACCCUUUUCCAAUGGCGCUCUGGCUAAGAAGAACAAUGCACUCGACAUCCAAACAAACGACUCGGACUUCUCCGAAUUUCUGACUUAUGUAGAUAACUUAUUGGACAGACCACGGCAAAAUUCCAGCAUGGGUCUUCUCUCCCCCACCGAAACCCUUCCUGGCCGCUCAUCCAUCGCAGAAGAGCCACAGACCAUGAAGGAGGCCAUAGAUCUUGCCAUCCUUCGCAGUAACCUGACAGGCGUUGCGAAUCAAAGUGCGAACCGAUUUGAGAUCGCUAGAAGCGGUCGACGAGUCGCCGUGAUAAUGCUUGCCCGGCCAGCCUACCGGCUAGGCGAGACGAUGUCCGCCGUCAUCGACUUUACCAACGCCGACAUCCCCUGCUACUCUCUAUCGAUAUCCCUCGAAACGGCCGAAAAGGUCGACCCAGCAAUAGCGCUCCGUUCAAAUGCAUCCAUAUACCGGGUCACGCGCAAGAGCCACGCACACUUCUCCGCCAACGCACUCUUCGCAAGGCGAUUGGCCUUCUCCCCGACAAUACCCCCGAGCAGCACGCCGGAAUUCAUCACCAGCGGCGUGAGCCUUGAAUGGAAGCUCCGCGUCGAAUUCAUCACGCCGAGAUUGUCGCACGCCGAGGAAGGCGAAGAGGUCUAUUGGGAUGACUUGCUGGAGGAAGUGACGAGCGACGAUCGAGGCAUCGUCCUCGCGGCUGUCGAGCGAUUGCCGGCCGAGAGCUUCGAGGUGCAGGUUCCUGUACGAGUCUAUGGAGCUGUCAGUGGCAGCAACCCAGAGGCCUCUGACGAUGAAGGACUCGUCGUAUGAGGAAUUUUCUUCUCUUCCACCACCAUCACGGUCACGGUUACAAACCACCAUCGGCGUUAUGAAAGCGUACACGGCCGUUUAAACAAGGCGCUACUGGGCACCUCAUCUUACAUCUUCACUGCAUCAUCUCCUUCCCUCCGUUCAAACAUACCUCAAACAUACGACAAGCUCCAAGCAUGGUCCUCCUUCUAGCAUUGUAGAUACACAGCCACCACCACACUUACCAUUUCCAUCCCUCCAUCCCUCCCUCUCUCACACAUACAUACAUACACACACACACACACACAUCCGCGCCAACGCAAGCAAUCCUCCACCAUACCCUCCACCUCAACUGCCUAGGCACCAUUUCCCUUCCCCUUCCUUCAUCCUUCUUCCUUCCACUAUCCCAUAUUCCAGUUUCCCCCAUUUUAGCCUUGCCUUCAGUUGUAGAAUAAGAGUAAAACGAAAAAAUUUAACUAACUCUUUUUGUUC